AUGAAAUGGAAUUUCGGCAAGAUGUCUGAGUUCCUGCUAUUCUAUGGUACGAUCAAGCCUGCAUGUGCAUCAGUAUAUAACACGACUGGUUUGAAACUUCCAAUUAAUCCUGAUGGUUCAACGAUUAUGAAUUAUCCAUUUGGUAUAUUCAUUGAUGCGAAUGAUGUCGUUUAUGUGGCAGACAUGAACAACAAUCGUGUUUUGAUGUGGAUGCAGGGUGCAAGUGCGGGAACAGCGAUCAUUCAAUCUACACAACCGCAGGGUGUCUAUGUUGACAGUAGUGGAUAUGUCUAUGUUGUUUCGAAAGAUAACUCACAAUAUAUAUCUAAAUAUCCACCAGGCAUCAAUCAAACUGCAACAUUAAUUGGGCCGGUUCAAAUAGCAGUAGCAGCAGUUACGCAAUUUCUGGCGAUCUGGCGGGCAACUUGUAUGCCAGCGACUAUGAUAUGGGCAUAG